GACCCGGCCUGGCUAACGGUCGGCGCGCUGCGUAGGCCCGGCCCUGCCCGGGGCGAGGAGAGACGCUAACUUUCCAGAACAGUUCACUUUUGAUCUGAGUCCAAAUGUGCAGAACUUUCUCUCCAAGGAUUUCUAACAGGUUUUUGUAAUUACAAAAUAGUAAUUUUGUAGGAUGUCAGGGAAAGAUUUGGGUGUGGAUGUUUACAAGAUGAACCGACGAUAUCAUAUAAAGAGCAAGGAAACCAAAGCCCCAAAUGAAUCCUUAAGAAGCCCUCGCACCUAUCCCAACUUCUGGUUGAAAAGCCCUGAUCUUGGAGGUAGAACUUCUGGAUUAUCCAACAAAAACUUCUUAUUUUGUGAGAAAACUAAACAGUUCUUUACUAGUUGUGAGAAUGGUUCAGGAGAUGCUAGCUCUCAUUGCAAGAGUGGAGUGGCGAAUGACUUUAACAAAGAAGAGUUUGGAUCAAAGAUGAGCGAGGGUACACUAACAGGAAACUCUGUGGAAAGCAUAAGUGGUAGAAGUAGUUUGCUGUUAACACCUUCAACUAAGGAGGAAAAUGCUGUUGCUGGUCCAAACUUAAUCCAGAGCUCCAGUUCUGACUUGCUUCACACAAAGCAGAAGAAGAUACAGAAUUCCCCUGAGAAUAUUUUAUCUAUAAGCUACGAUUCAAAACUAUUUAAUUCGUUAAUGCCAUCACCUCGGAUGACUACUUGCCAUCAUUGCGGUCUGUAUGGAGACUUGAGAUGUUCUCAAUGUAAACAGACAUAUUAUUGUUCUACAGACUGCCAGAAGAAAGAUUGGUCUGCACAUAGUAUUGUAUGCAAGCCAAUUAAACAAAAUUUAAAGAAAAGUGAAGAUAAUGUCAAGUUGCCUGGUGAAAUUAAGAAUAAAAUUGAUUUUAAGGGCAGUUUAUCUCCUGUUGAUGCACACAAGAUAGAAGAUGACAUCAAGAAAAUAAUGCUUUCUGAUCUGCAAAAUCUAGGGCUCAAAAAAGCUAUGGAAAUACAGGGUACGGUCACAGAAUUCAGGAACCCAAGUGAAUUUUAUAUACAGGUCUAUUCUCCAGAAGUUUUAGAACAUAUCAGCAAACUUACUGUGAAACUAAAAGAUUGUUAUGCAAAUAUUGUUAACCAAGAGGAAUAUAUUCCUAUCGAAGGGGAAGUUUGUGUUGCAAAAUAUUCUCUGGAUCAGACCUGGAACAGAGUACUGGUAAAAAAGGUGGAUAUCUUGCAGAAGAAAGCACAAGUGUUAUAUAUCGAUUAUGGCAAUGGAGAAAAUGUUCCACUAGAUUGGAUUAAACCACUCCACAAAGACAUGGAACUGUUUCCUCCCUGUGCCAUUAAGUGUUGUGUUGCUAAUGUUGUUCCAAAACAAGGAGAAUGGAACAAAGACUGUGCUAACAUUAUUACUCCUCUGCUCAUGGGACAGUACUGUUCGGUGACUGUUGUUGACCUAUUACAGGAGGAGAUGAUGACUUGUUUCGCUGUAGAUGUUGUCCUGCCAGGUUCUGGGAAACACCUAGAUAAAAUACUUCUCGAAAUUGGGCAUGAAUUGAGUCCAAAGAGGAAAGAAACUAAGAAAAUGAACCCAGAUACAGGUACUAUGUUACAAAAGGAUUCUGAGGGAGAAAGAGAAAAAACAGCUGAAGAUGAAAAACUGGUUCACAAUAGUGAUUUAGCCAUAAAGGUUUUUUCCGUAUCCGUGGGAGAUACAUUUUCUGGUGUAGUUGCCCAUAUUCAAACACCAGAAGAUUUUUUCUGUCAGCAGAUGCAUAAUGGCCGCCAGCUUGCUGAGCUUCAAGUAUCCUUGGGUGAAUACUGUAACAAAAUCCCCACUAUCCCAAAUUUCUGUCCAGCUGCUGGAGAUGUCUGUUGUGCCCAGUUCACAGAAGACAAUCAGUGGUAUCGUGCCUCUGUUCUAGCAUAUACCUCUGAAGAUACUGCUUUAGUGGGCUACAUAGAUUAUGGUAACUUUGAAGUUCUCCAAGUGGCUAGACUUCGCCCUAUGAUCCCAAAAUUAUUGGAGUUGCCAGUGCAAGCUAUAAAGUGUACGCUAGCAGGUGUGAAGCCCCCAUCAGGAGCCUGGUCCUUGGAAGCUAUCUCUCUGAUGAAACAACUAGUGCAAAAUAAAAUGAUCACUAUCAGAGUGGUGGACAAAAAGGAGAAUAGCUCUGUUGUAGAGAUUGCAGAUGAAUCUGUUACUCCAAUAAUUAAUGUAUCUAAACAUCUUUUAGAAUCAGGUUAUGCAGUGAAAGAUUCCAAGGAUGUCUUGACAAUAAAUGAAACUGUUAACACUGUGAAGGAAGUAAGUGCUGUAGGAGAAGCAAUAAAUAAAAUGGAUUGUACAUGGGUUAAGCUGACUCUUAAACAGAUAUUAAAUGUCAUGCUGUGUACAGUGAACAAUCCGGGAGACUUCUUCUGUCAGAUCUUCAAAGAUGAUGACUUACUUGCUCUAAAUGUACUCAACAAGUCAUUGGCAGAAUACUGCCAGCAGAUUUCAACUAGUGUUUUCAAGCCUUCAAAGGGAGAACCUUGCUGUGCUUUUUUCUCUGGUGAUGGUAACUGGUACCGUGCUUUGGUAAAAAAAGUCUCUUCAGAUGUAGCUAUUAAAGUGCAAUUUGUGGAUUAUGGAAAUGUUGAGACCGUAACUCCAGAUAAACUUCGACAGAUCUCAUCAACAUUCCUAAAACUUCCAUUUCAAGGAAUUAGAUGUUGGUUAUCAGGUGUAAAGCCUGUUAACAAGGAAUGGCUCCCAGAAGCCACAGCAAGAUUUCAGAUGUGCACUGCAGGAAUUAAACUUCAAGCCAGAGUAGUUGCUUUCAACAGAAGUGGUGCUGGAAUAGAGCUCAUUGAUAAUUCCACAGGUUGUCCAAGAAUAAUCAGUGAAAUUUUAAUUAGUGAAAAAUUGGCUUUAAAGGAAGGUCUGCCAAAUAAAGAUGGGCUACCAAAUACAUCUGCUGAAAAAAUAGAGCCUCAAGAAACCUCUUCUGAACAGUGGCAGACAGUAGAAUUGCCUGUCAAUGAAACUGUGUCAGUCCGUGUAAUGGAAGUGAUAAGCCCAGACUUGUUUUAUGCUCUACCAAGUGAAACCAGAGUAGAUCAAGAGAAGUUGCGUAGGUUGAUGAUUGAACUGGUAGAAUAUUGCGACACUCAGAACAGUCAUUCCUUCAGACCAAAAGUUGGUGAAGCCUGUUGUGCCAAGUUUGCAGGGGAUGGCCAUUGGUACAGAGCUAUUGUUCUGGGAGUUUCUCAGUCUGAGGUGAAGGUAGCAUAUGCAGACUAUGGAAACACCGAAACUCUACCAUUCUCUAGAGUGCUGCCGAUCACUGCACGUUAUUUGAAGCUCCCUUUUCAGAUAAUUAAGUGUUCGCUUGCAGGAAUCAAGGAAUGGUCUCCAUUAAUAAUAGAUUUGCUAAAAACAUUAAUACUGAAUAAGUGUGUCAUGAUCACAGUAAAAGGGAUCAAUGAGAAUAUUCAUGCAGUAUCUGUGGAGAAGUGUUUUGAAAACAGCAGUCUAAGUAUAGCCGACAAAUUAGUAAUGGAAGGUUUAGCCAAAUAUAGCAACUCUGGAAAUCAAAGUAUUCUACACCAAGUAGCCCAUGCAAAUGAGGCUAGUUGCUGUUGCACAGAAUUAAAAAAGCAAAUUGAAAAACAUGAACAGAUCCUCAUCUUUCUUUUAAAUAAACAUGUGGCUCAAGAUAAGUGUAGUGAAAUGAAAAAAUUAUUACAACAUUAAAUCUUUUAGGCAUGAUGUGUGUUAUAUGCUUAGUUAGACCUGUAACAUUGUGUUGCCAAUGUUAAUGCAAUUGCUGCUGCUCACUGCUCUUAUUCCUAGAAUAGUGGCUGUGUUCAGGAGCAAAAAAGCUUGAUUUCUUUUGUAGAAAUUGUUUUGCUGUUGAAUGCUGUCUGAAUGUAUCUGUAUAUAUGUGAAAUAAGAAAUUGUACAUUUACGCUAUCUGGAUCAGAGCAAAGCUAGAUGGAGCCAAGUUAAGACGUGACGCCUCUGGCUGUUAGUGCAGUUGUUUUGAACGAAGGCAAUACUUUUUCUUAAGCAACUGUUUUUGUAAGAAAACUCUUCUCUUGCCAACCAAAAGUAUGGUAAGAGAACUUAGUGAAAACUAUUCAGUUUUCAUUUACAAGAGGGAAAAAUUGGAUUUUUGUCUUAGAAAACUCAACUUCAUUUUUACAUUUAAUGUAUAACAAACAUAAAAUUUAAGUUUUGAAAUAAAAAUUCUUGUGAAAUUUUAGGUAAAUGAUCUGUCAUGAAGAAUAACAGUAUAGAUACUACUUUUUUCAUUAGGUCUACUUCAUGUUCUAUGUCUAAUUUAUGGUUAGAUUUGUUUAAAACCAUAUUUUCAACCUUUUAUUUUUCCUUAUUGUUUCCUCCAGCUGCGUGAGGUAAUAUGAACAACCAAACUUGAUUUUUAAUUGGCAUGUAAGGUAUCUCUCUUACCUUCAAAAUCGUCCCUUUUUUUCAGAUUGUUAUUCAGCAGUUCGGUCAGGCAUUGUUUAGUGGUUAGAGCAAGGAAUGGGCUCUCAGAACUCUUGAGUUCCGCAUCAGACUUUGCCACUAAAUUUAGACAAGUCACUUAACCUCUCCCGCUGUUUAUGCAACUUUAUUUUAUUAAUGGAUAAAGUUUCUGUAUAUGCUCAGAUGCUGUAUCAGUGCAUAUUUACUCCCUUCAUUUGAAAGCAUAUAUCACAUUCACAAUUUGGCACUUUUAUUGACAGUCUCAGCAGAUAAACCAGAGGUCCAUAUACAUGGAGAUUGAAUUGCUCUCAACUUUAGAGUUAGUUUCCAUGUUUGUUUAGAAACAUGGAAAUGUGUGUUUCCAUUGGUCAUGUGCAUCUGUUUUGUAGAGACGUAAGGACUUCAGUUUAGAGUGCUGCCAAUCUGAUACUUUUCAAGAGCACUGCAGUUGACGUGAAGGAGUUGGAAUUUUUAAACUGUUGCUUUGCUUGUGCCACCAGACUUAGUUCUCAUUCUCAAUCAAAAACUGAUUUGCCUUAAAAUAGGGGAUUUUUUAAAAUCAUUUUGUGCAUGGCAGUAAACUGUUGCUUACCUUUUGUAAAUUCAGGAUGUCUAUGAAAAGAGUCGGUGUAGUCCCAAUCCACCAAGUCUAUUAGAAACCUGUUCCUUUAACACACCUCAAUGUAAAAACUCUUGGUGAAUGGUGAAUCGGCAGUGUUUUUUCCCUAAGCACAGGGUGACUCUUUCACUCAGAAAUAAAUUCCAUUUGAACAGCUAUCAUAUCCAGUCAGACAAUUGGCUUUUAUUUGAAACUGCUUCAUAGCAUUCUCCUUUGCUGGUGUAAGAUAUGGAAAACAUACCCUAGGCUUCCCCCCUCUGUAGUGGGGUGUUUUUUUUUUUUUUUUUUUGAGUGACAUACUUAUAUGGACCAACUGACUGACAGAACUGGAUUCUAUUUUAAUGACAUUAACAUACUCAAUGCAUUUUUGCAUUGUACUGUUACCACUUACAGCUCCCCUGUCUUCCUCUAAAAACAUUUGGCUUCUGGUUAUGAGACUCUGAUGAGUAUGAUAUGACCUGCAAAAUCCAAAAUAUGGCCAAGAAAAUAACUCGCUAUUGAUGUUCAGAUGAGUAAGAAGAUGGUACAAUAUAGCCUCACAAAAAAAUCCUUUGGAAGCCAAAGUUAGUAUGUAGCACUUUACAAACAUUCAGAACCAAAUGUGUUACAGCUGAACUAUUAAUUGUCAAUAAAAAGUUCAGCUUCAGAGAAGUUCAACAUAAGUGUUUGGAGAUUAAUUAAAAGGCUUUUUUACAGCCAAGACACAAGUUUGCUUCCUAUAUUUUUUGCUGCAACAGCUAUUGACCUCACCAAUAACAAAAACAGAGGGGAGCAACAGUUCCUGUAUGGCAUUAAGGACAAAUUCUGUGUCUGUACAUGGUUCCCAUUUAUGUCAAUAGGAAGUGGUGUACGCAUGUGUGAGCUGAAGUUGUUUUUAGAUCUUGGUGGAUAAGUAAAGAAGGAAACCAUUUUCUUAAUGUGUUAAGAUCUUUGGUUUUAACAUCUUCUCAGAAGCAUGACCAUAUUCCUAACUAACCUCAAUGUCCUGAGGCACCUGAAAUAGCCCAUAGACAGGGACCCUAUCCCAAGAAUUAACAUUCUCUGUCUCCCAAUCCCCCUGUGUUAAUGACUCCCACUUCAAUUAGUGGCAUCUGUACUAUCUGGUUAUCUCUGGUAUCCCAACUCUGUGCCUAUGUGGGGUUAUUGGGAUCACCUUUGCUAGACUUUCCUCUGAGAUAAGCUCCCAACCUAUUAGACAGUUGUAAGUUAGCCUGUAACAGAUGUGAAAAGCUGUUGAUCUCUGAGGCAGCCAAGCUAACCCAGCAACUCCGGACCCUCCCCCCAAUACCAUGGGUCCCCAUGUGUCCCCCAGACCGCCCUCCCAAACUCUGUGGCUAAAUCCGUUGCCCUACAAGUUUCAGUAGCUAAAGCCCUGGGGAGCUGCAGAAAGUGGCUGCUCCCCAGUAUCUUGUUUUUACCCUCAGUAGGGAGCAGUAGGCCAUAUCCACAUGCCAUGCCACUCUCCCCUCUAAGAUCCCCAAAUGCAGCAUUGUAGGAAGAGUGGUUAAAAUUACCAUUCCCAUAUCUACUAUCCUGGGCGUCCCGUUUCCCACACUGGAAGGCCCUGAAUGCAGCACACUGCUGUCCCCAGCCAUGCCCGUUGAGCUUCUCUCCCUUGAAUUCUCCUACCCUUCAACCACCCCUUGGUGUCAGUCCAACUCACCAAUAGUGACUCUGUUUCUUGCAGUUGUAAUGCUCUGCUUCUUGGGUCCUAGAGAUUGUUCAUCCCCCUGGUCUGGUUCUACUUGUCCUGUAAGCACCCUGUAACCUUAGAAUUGCUACAGAAAGAACUUCUGCUGCAACAGUGUGCCUAGCUUCAAAUUAAUUCUUGGCCUGCUUCCCCAGUCUUCAAUGCUUGUUCCCUGAACCAGCAGUGUUCUUCCUCCCCCCUGCCCCCCCCGGCUACUCAUGGGACGAAAGGAUCCCCAGAGGAUUCCUCUGGUCCAUGCUGCCCACAGGAGCACAGAUGGGGGCCCCACUGUCCCCCCUCUCGAUUGGGCCCUACUUGCAGGGAAAGAGGGAAACCUCUUCUCCUUCGCCCCCCCCCCCCGAUCUCACCCUUCUAUUACGCAGAGCCGGCUUUUAGCAAAUGAAGAUGUUGCUGAUGCUGCCAGCCCAAUCCUGGUAAAGAGGGGCCUCUCCAUGGUUGCAUGGGGUAUAAAUACCCCACAAAACCUCACUUUUCCAGUCAGCAGAAAGAGUGAGCAUUGACCUUGUCCUGACCUAGCUCCAACGGCUUCCUGCCCUUCUGAUCUAUCCCUGUACACUUCCCCUUCUCCCCAUCUGCUGCAAUGGAGAGCUUAAAUAGGCAGUGCCCUUUUUCACCAACUAGCUAGAUGAAGACCCGCUUGCAUAAAGAUUGCAGUGGAUACAUGAGUUCUAACAUCUUCUCAGAAGUGAACAAAACUUCAGCUAACUUCAGAAAAUACUUUGCACUUAUGUAGCACUUUUCAUCCAAUGAUAUUAAACGACUUUACAAAGAUGGUGGAUAGGCAUUAUUUCCAUUUUAUAGAUGGGAAACUGAUAUACAGAGAAGUUGUAACUUGCCCAAGAUCACACAGCCACUCUGUGGCAAAAUUAGGGCUAGAACCCAGAUCUCCUGACUUAUGCUUGUGUUCUAACCACUACUUCCCUCCUACUACAGAUAAGACAUGCUAGACCAUUCUGUUCAGAUUUACAAUGCCCACUCCCUUUUUCAACCUUUUUGUUCGUUUAACAAUCUGAACAUCUGUUAGUUUAUAUUUUCUCACGCAUGUUACAGGCCUUCCAGUACUGUGAGGUCCCUCUAGCACUGUAGUUUUUGUUUUUCUAUUUCUCUUUUGUCUAGUACAAAGAUAACGGCAAGUUAAUUUUGAAAUGUAUGGGACUGUAUACAGAGAGACUGUACAAUUAAUACUGAAUAUAUGAGUUUUGAAUUACAAUCUUUCCUCAUAAUUGGUUCUGUUCCAGUGCUUUUUUAUGUAAAAUCCCACUUGCUGAAGCAUCAUAGUUUUAUCCAUGAAGACUUUUCAAAGUUUGGAAACGGUCUUUUUUCCCCCUUUCAUGAUUGUGUGGCACCAAUGGGAACUUAAGCUUGUUCCUCGCAUGAUUUUGUAUUUAUUGAGCUGCUGGAUGCAGAUAAUAUGUAAGCAUGGUGUGAAAGAAUUGUACAUUUCAAGCAGUUGUAACCUUGUUUAAACUUUGCUCGGCUUUAAAUUUGAGGAUGCUACUUUUUUGUUGUAUUUCAAAGACCAAUCUUGAAACACUGCACAUGCUCUGUAUGUUACCAGGAGUAAUAAAGCUAUUUCAUGGUCUAGA